GCCUGGAUGUGAAGGGAGCGGACGCCAUGCAGUACACCGGCAGCAAGUACUUUGGUGGAUUUGUUCAUGGAAGGAUGGAGGGCCAGGCCUCGUACAUUCUCCCAACAGAAACAAAAUAUCAAGGGGAAAUGAAAGAUGGAAUGUUUCAUGGCAAAGGAACCUUGUACUUUCCUAAUGGGAGCCAAUAUGAUGCCACAUGGGAAAAGGGAAGAAUCAUAAAGGGGAAAUACACCUUUGCUGAUGGCCUAAAAUACAAGGAAAAUAAAUGGCAUUACUGUGAUGGCUAUGACAGAAGAUUUUACACUGAAAUCUGUGAAGGUCUGAAGCCUGCAGGUAUUUCUCAGCUCACCAACAUAGAUCCACCUCGAAAAAUUCCUGAUGGUUGUUACGACUGUGGAGAUGGGUUCUAUGACCCAAAAGUGAGGGUGAUCAGAGACUACAAGAAGCGGUUCCUGAGAAAUGCAGAUGAUGAUGAACAUGAAUGGAUCAUACGGACCUGUCGGAAAGGCUGAGAUGAGUUUAUUGGCCAUAAGGCUAAGCUCUGAUCAGCCUUACUACUUCUGGGAUCAAUGGAUACAGUUCUUGAGGUUGACUAUCUCUCUAGAAGGAAAUAUUGACAGUUUCAUUGUUUGCCUGUUUUAAGUAGAAAUAAAGGUCUUUGGG